UUUGCUGCGGGCAUCGUGGAAUUUGCUUCGCGCGAGAGCACGCUUCACUGCCCGACAGGACUUGAGUUUGUGGCGGAGCGCAUCGGCUCGGAAGAUUCCGGAAAGCCGGGUCUGCGAUGGCUUCUCUCUCUUCGGCCACCCUCGCGCCAACCGCCUUCUCCUCCGCCGCCAGAGCGCCGUCGUUCGCGCCGAGGACGGCCGCGUCGUCGCCGGCCGAUAGUUUCGCCGGCUACCGAGCUCCGUCGUCCCUCUGGCCGCGCGCGUUGACCGCCGUGGGCAACCCUGUGCCUGGGCUCCGGUCCAGAACCAGCGGGACCUUUCGCUGCUUCGCUUCUGUAUUAACUCCACAGCUCAAGAAUACACUGGAUACGGUGGUUAAUUCGCACAAGGUGGUUCUAUUCAUGAAGGGAACUAGGGAUUUCCCUCAAUGUGGGUUUUCCAACACUGUUGUGCAAAUACUGAAGUCCUUCAAUGUACCUUUUGAAACUAUAGAUAUUCUUGAAAAUGAACUGCUCCGUCAAGGACUGAAGGAGUACUCCAGUUGGCCUACCUUUCCUCAGCUUUAUAUCGAAGGAGAGUUUUUUGGAGGGUGUGACAUCACUGUUGAGGCAUACAAAAGCGGGGAGCUGCAGGAACUAUUGGAGAAAGCGAUGUGCUCCUGACGCAAUCUCUCUCUCGGAAAGAUCAAUGUGCGCAUUCAUGGUGGAUUGUGGAAGGUUCCAAGGAUUUGCUCUUGGAUGCCAAUAAUAUUUGUAUAGAACAUCUCAUUGUUGGAUGCAUAUCUUCACUUGUAAUAACAGCUAAAAUUUCUACUGCACGCCCUGUUCCAUUGCGCAGAAGCAGAGUGCUCCUUGUGGAACUGCGACAUUGUUUCACAUCAUACGACGAUGAUUGUCAGUGUGUGUUACUGCUA